GUAGGUCAAGCUUUUACUCUUCUCCAGCAUCUCUACAUUUCUCCUGGCUGUCUUCUCGCGACUCUCGAGCUGGCUCUGGGUCUCCGCGCAUUGCGCUACAACAACACAUGUCUUUGUUUCGCCGCAACGCGCACCCCAACGACGAGCUAGACACCGACGACGAGAUUAACGAUGGUAUCGACCCCGAGCUCCGUCUCCGCACGGUGCGCACCGCAGCUUCGACCAUCGCAGAGUCGAUUCGCCAGGAGCAGAGGGCGGAGAGGAGGAAGUCGACGAGAAGGAAGGGCUCUAGGUUCUUCCGGAGGGGGACAGAGAAACGGAGGCAGGAAACGGCAGACUCGGACAGUCCUGCAACCCAGCCCAACAUUCAUGGCCGGCGACGGAAUGUCUACGUCAACGUGCCCCUACCCCCCGACGAGAAGGACAACCAUGGAGAGCCCAUCAUAAGGUAUGCGCGAAAUAAAGUUCGAACAAGCAAGUAUACAAUCGUUACAUUCAUACCUCGAAACCUCUACGAGCAGUUCCGUCGCGUUGCGAACCUAUACUUUCUUGCGCUCGUCGUCGUUCAAGUAUUUUCAAUAUUCGGCGCGCCCUCGCCGCAGACCUCCGCGCUCCCGCUCAUCUUCAUUCUCACGGUGACUGCGAUUAAAGACGGCAUCGAAGACUACCGGAGAGCACUCCUCGAUGAUGAGGUCAACAAUUCGGCCGCGACGAAGCUCGGAAAUUGGCGGAACGUCAACCAGCCGACGGACCCGCGCAACUGGUUCGAGAAGAUGCUUGGCCUUAACCCGCCUGGGAAGGUGACGCGCGGCGUACGGCGGUUGCGGGAGAAAGAGGCCGGCGAGGGCAAACAAAUCGUGCUGAGCAAGGCCGGCGAUGGGCGCGCGAGCGUCAGCACGCUUAAUGUCAACGACGGCAACUCGGAGAUGGGCUACUAUGGCGCUGGGAGGAAGCUCGAGGACAUUCAAAGUGUUGACUCGCACAGCUACCCGCCGCCGCAGGAGGCCAGGGGCACGGUGAUGUCGUGGGGAGCGGGGUCGGCGUCUGGCUCAUUGACGGCAUACCAGCAGUCUAUCCGCGAGCGUCCGUCUGUCGGAGUCAUCGACUAUAACAGGCGAACGAGUGGGCUUGCACGGUGGGAGCGGACGCUCUGGAAGAAGCUAGAGGUCGGCGACAUCGUGCUGCUGCGCGAGAACGAGCAGGUACCGGCGGAUAUCGUCGUGUUGUCCACGUCAGACCCCGAUAACAUGUGCUACCUGGAGACAAAGAACCUGGACGGCGAGACGAACUUGAAGCCGCGCAAGUCCGUACGCGCCACCUCGUCGAUCACUUCGGAAGAGGACAUCGAGCGCGUCUCGUUUGUACUGGACUCUGAGCCGCCCCAUGCCAAUCUGUACCUCUACCAUGGUGUCCUUCGAUACACGGACCCGUCGUCCGGCGAGCAGAAGCAGGAGUCUGUUACGAUCAACGAGCUCCUUCUCCGUGGAUGCACAAUCCGGAACACUGCGUGGAUCAUCGGGCUGGUUGUCUUUACUGGGGCGGACUCGAAGAUCAUGUUGAACGGCGGCGACACCCCCUCGAAGCGUUCGAAGAUCGAGAAGGAGACGAAUUUCAAUGUCAUCGUCAACUUCGUCCUCCUCAUGCUCAUGUGUAUCGCUUCCGGCAUCUUGAACGGCUAUUUCGAUAGCAAGGGGGACACGAGUGCGAAGUUCUUUGAAGUGGACUCGGAACCUUCGAGUUCAUAUGUGCUCAACGCUGUCGUCACCUUCGUUUCUUGCCUCAUCGCGUUCCAGAACAUCGUCCCGAUUUCGCUGUACAUCUCCAUCGAGAUUGUCAAGACGAUUCAGGCGUUCUUCAUCUCGCAGGACGUGGACAUGUACUACAAGCCUUUCGAUGCCGCCUGCACUCCCAAGACUUGGAACAUCUCGGAUGACCUCGGACAGAUCGAGUACAUAUUCUCGGACAAGACGGGCACGCUCACGCAAAACGUCAUGGAGUUCCAAAAAUGCUCGGUUAACGGCAUCGCUUACGGCGAAGGGGUCACGGAGGCGCAGCGCGGGGCCGCGAAGCGCGAGGGCAAGGUGGACGCCAUGGACCCGCAAGAGGAGGAUAUACACCUUCAGGUCCUCAAGCAGCGCAUGAUCGAGAAGAUGUCGCAGACUUUCAAGAAUCGCUACGCCCAGCCCGACCACCUCACCCUCAUCUCGCCCAGGCUUGCGGACGACCUUGCAGACCGCAGCUCGCCGCAGCGCCAGCACCUCAUCGAAUUCUUCCGCGCGCUGGCUGUCUGCCACAGCGUCCUCUCUGAGCGUUCUGACAGCGCGCACCCGUUCCACCUCGAAUACAAGGCCGAAUCUCCGGACGAAGCCGCCCUUGUCGCCGCUGCACGUGACGUUGGGUUCCCCUUCGUGCACAAGGCCAAGGACGCGAUCGACAUCGAGGUCAUGGGCCAACCGGAGCGCUAUAUUCCUCUCCAACUACUCGAGUUCAACUCAACGCGGAAGCGGAUGAGCGUCAUCGUGCGCAACCCCCAAGGCCAGAUCGUCUUGUAUUGCAAGGGCGCGGACAGCGUCAUCUAUCAGCGCCUUGCGGCGGACCACGACCCGGAACUGAAGGCCGCGACGGCCCGUGACAUGGAGGCGUUCGCCAACGGGGGUCUUCGGACGCUGUGUAUUGCGUCGAGGGUGAUGUCUGAGCAGGAGUAUAUGGAUUGGGUGCGUGUGUACGAGGCGGCGACCAACUCGAUCACCGAUCGAGAUGAGGAGAUUGACAAGGCGAACGAACUGGUCGAGCAUUCGCUGAGGAUCCUCGGGGCGACGGCGUUGGAGGACAAGCUGCAGGAGGGCGUACCGGAGGCUAUUGAGACGCUCCAUCAGGCGGGUAUAAAGCUCUGGAUCUUGACAGGCGACAAAGUGCAGACGGCCAUUGAGAUCGGUUUCAGCUGUAACCUGCUCAAGAGCGACAUGGAGAUCAUGAUCUUGUCUGCGGAGACUUCGGAGGCUGCACGGCUGCAGAUCGAAGGCGGUUUGAACAAGAUUGCCUCUGUGUUGGGCCCGCCGUCGUUGAGCCUGAACCGACGCGGAUUCGUCCCCGGUGCUCAGGCCGCUUUCGCGGUUGUCAUCGACGGUGACACCUUGCGUCAUGCGCUCAGCCCCGAGCUUAAGCAACUCUUCCUCACGCUGUCGACCCAAUGUGAAACUGUCGUCUGCUGUCGUGUGUCCCCCGCGCAGAAGGCGAUGGUUGUCAACCUGGUGAAAGAGGGUCGGAAUGCCAUGACGCUGUCGAUUGGCGACGGUGCGAACGACGUUGCGAUGAUUCAGGAGGCGAAUAUCGGCUGUGGUCUCCUUGGGCACGAGGGUUCGCAGGCUGCUAUGUCCGCUGACUAUGCGUUCGGUCAAUUCCGGUUCCUGACGAAGCUGCUGCUUGUUCACGGCCGUUGGUCAUACCAGCGCGUUGCAGACAUGCAUGCUAACUUCUUCUACAAGAACGUUAUCUGGACCUUCGCGAUGUUCUGGUUCAUGAUCUUCAAUAGUUUCGACGCGACGUACCUUUACCAGUAUACAUUCAUACUGCUCUAUAAUCUGGUGUUCACGUCGUUGCCAGUCAUAGCCCUCGGAGCAUUCGAUCAGGAUCUCAACGCCAAGGCUGCGCUCGCAUUCCCUCAACUGUACAUCCGGGGUAUCCGGGGUCUCGAGUACACUCGACUCAAGUUCUGGAUGUACAUGCUGGAUGGUCUCUAUCAGUCCGCUGUCGUAUUCUUCAUCCCGUACUUCACCUGGACUCUUGGCCUCGCCAUCUCAUGGAACGGGAAGACGAUUGAGUCGCUUGCCGACUUCGGCACUACGGUCUCCGUGGCUGCUAUCAUAUGCGCUAACACCUAUGUGGGGAUGAAUACUCACUACUGGACCGUCAUAACAUGGGUCAUCGUCGUUGGUUCUUCCGUAGUGAUGUUGGCCUGGAUCGCUAUCUACUCUUUGUUCGAGAGUAUCGACUUCAUAGAUGAGGUCGUGAUCCUGUUCGGCGAGCUUACUUUCUGGACCGCUGUCCUCGUUUCCGUCGUCAUCGCCCUCGGCCCUCGCUUCUUGGUCAAAUUCUUCAAGAGCACGUAUUGGCCUCUCGACAAGGAUAUCGUGCGCGAGAUGUGGGUACUCGGUGAUCUGAAGGAUCGUCUGGGUAUCCAGCACAGGCGCAAUCGCAAGAAGCAAGCCAAACUCGAGCAGACGCCUAUGUUCCACCAGCCUCAUAUUCGGUCCGAGUCGGAGAUCAGCCAGCCGGACGACGAAUAUGGAACUCCCUUGACGUACACACCGCCUACUUCGCGCACACCCAUGUCUGAUGGUUCUCCUCGUCCUACCGCUCCCCUCAUGGCUGGGGAGUCUCCUCGACCCGAGAGGAUAGCACCAGACUUACACGAGUCGAAACGAUCCCCGAUAGCUUCACCGACUCCGUCCGCCCGGGCACAAUAUAAUGCCAGCCCAUCCCUCCAGAGACUCUCCUACUACUCCGCUUCCAACAUUCCCCCGCCCUCUCCGCUACCAGAAUCGAACCGAUACCACUAUACCCGAAGCCAAUACGGUGGCACCGAGCCUCCUAUGUCAGCGGUGUCCCACUCCAGCGUCUCCUACAACCAACCUCCAACCUCCCCCACAUACUUAUCACCACCACCUUCUGCGUCUUUGCAAGUCCCUGGGCAGCGCUCACCGCGUGCAACAUCGCAUGCGGAGCAGUACGAAAUGCGCGUACGGUCGCCACCACAAGAACAGUGGGCCGCCCAUCCCGGCGAUCCACCUCCCUCCGCGUACGCCAUUCAUACUCCGAUGGCAACGGAGGACUCGUUCGUGACUGCACAUGACGACCCCGGCGUAGACGAUGCCUACGCCUACGAUGCGUACACCCCUACCGGCGUUGAACCCUCACACCAGCAAGAGGAGUCAUGGCGGAGUAGUACGUACUCGUACUCGGGCCCCCAUGCGCUAUAGGUAGAGCCUGAGAAGGUGUGUAGGGUCAGUCUUCGUCGUAUUCAGCGGCUGUUGCUGCCCGUUGUGUGAUAUUAGUCCACGUGUUGCUACCACUAGCCCUCCCGGAUCCACCCAUGCCAUUUAGCUCUGAGGCGACGUGCGUCGUAUAGGGUUCACGAUGCGUUUGCGUUUGCGUAUAUGACUGCUGGAUUCUUUUAUUGUUCAUCUUCGCUUUAUUUAUGAAUGCUUGUAUUGCUGCUUUCGAUUCGAUCUUUCGCCCACUGUUGUUACAGCCCGCCAUUCAUUCGCUAUCCAUUUUCUGGGGUGGAGGCCACAUUCCUUGGAACAUUUACAAGUAGAACAUCAUUAACGUGAUUUAUAUGCAUAAUGACAUCAGUAGCAUUGUCCACAGUGUCUUAUUAGGAGAGUGCCUAUGCUGAAU